AUUUAAAUAAGUCUAUUAGCAUUUCAUUUUCUUCUCCUAGAUGAUUGUUGCCGAUGCCAUAGGCUUUAAGAUCUAAUGCUAGCUGCAAACCAGUUUUGCCUCUUAAAACCCAUUCCACUGGGAGACAGCGGGAUCAUUUUGAGUAGCAACAGUCUGGCCACUACAUUCAUAGCGGCCAGGGUACAGCUGAGAAACAUUUGACCGGCUGCUAUGUGAAUCGAAGAAAUCAAUUCUUUGUGGUUUUAAAGGCUUGCCCUGCAGAAUAGUGAUGCUUUAUUUAUUGGAAACUUGAAGUAAUGCCUGUUUGGAUUAAUAAAUAAAUAGUAAAUCAUGGUUAUUCAAAGAUGCAGGGGAGAGGAAUGCAAGGUUGUGUUGGCUGAAACUACGAGGAGGCCUAUAUUGCUACCUGCAAACUCUCUGGGAUGCUCCAUAAGACAGCAAAGGAGAGGAUUCAGUGUAUAGAGUGUUCGAAGAAAGGGUUUUUGGAACAAUGGGUUGGAACGGGGCUGGAAACAAAGACUGCACAAGCAAAGACUGGAGAUGCAAGUGCCAAGAAUAAUCUCUCAACACAUUCUUAACAACAGACGAGCAAAGCACAGGGCCUCAGCAGUGAGAAGGCAGGAGGAGGGGGGAGAAGGGACUGGAGAACUAGAAACAGAUGAGAGAAAAAGAAAGUUUUAAAGCCAGCAGAGCCAUAUUUCAAAGACUGCUUCCAACACCCCUCACUGCCAGCCUGCUUUCUCUCUCUCCGGUGCACAGGAAAUGUCCACAUAACCCAAGCGGACUAUAAGCCAUGACUGGGAAUUUGAGCAAAGACAUCAAUGACUGCCUGCUCUUAGCCCUACUCUGAGAAAUGAACAGAUUUCCAGCAUUGCUUUAAGCCUAACUAGAACCAGAUCAGCCAGCAGGCAUGAGUGCAUUGUUAACUAACACGACUGUCAAUUCUAGCGUGAACACAUGUACUGAAAUGUGACUGACACUUGGUAUAUGCUUGGAAGAUUUGCAGGUACAGCUCCAUUAACAAAACCCUCUUGGGAAGCAAAAUAAUCUCUAUAAAAGCACCUUUAUGCUGGUAUUUGUAGCUAUGGUAGGACUUUGAUAGCAUAGAAAUGAUGAAGAAAAAUCACACACACGUGCUGCAUGCAAGUUUGUUGUCUAAACCAGCUCCAAGAAUCCAAAGGCAGAUGUUACUGUUUGACUGCUUCUGUAAUCCCGACUUUAAGACAAAGUCCAUUGAUGUGCCAAGUAAUUUUGUCUCAGUAAAAAUUGGAGGAUGGCACCCUUUGCUGACCAGAAAUUACAAAACUAAUCUGACAGUAUGCUUCAAAUGGCAUGGAAAGCUGUGUAUGGGGGAGAUUCAGAUUGAGAAGGAGAGGCGAUGGGUCUCCUGCUCUGCCUAUGCAUUGCAGCUUUCUUCGGGAUGAGCAUCAGCUGCCCAGAGAUCUGCACUUGUAUAGAAAAAAAAAAUGGGCGCCAGCUGGCAGAAUGUGCUUACCGGGAUCUCCAGGAUGUGCCGCUGGGGCUGCCCCGCAGCGUGAUAAUCCUCACCCUGUCGGCUAACAGGCUCACCGCCCUGCGGAAGAGCUCCUUCAUGGAGGUUACAGAGGUGCAGUCCCUUUGGCUGGGGUACAAUCACAUCAGCACCAUUGAGCAAGGCACUUUCGCCAUGCUGGCAGAUUUGAAAAACAUGGAUCUUGGACAUAACCAGAUCGUGGACUUCCCCUGGGAGGAUCUGCGCAACGUCAGCGCCCUGCAGAUCCUGAAGAUGAACAACAAUCACAUGGCCACAUUGCCUUCAGAGGCCUUCCAGGCCCUGAAAGACUUGAGGUCCCUGUGGAUCAAUGACAACCAGUUCACCACCAUUGCUGAAGGGACAUUUGAUGCCAUGACUUCUCUAUCACAGCUACAGCUCCACAACAACCCACUCAACUGCUCUUGUAAAGUCUUCUGGCUGAGGAACUGGACUGAGAAUACCUCCAUUUCCCUUCCAGAGAGGGACUCCAUCAGCUGUGCAGCCCCAGACAAUCUCAGAGGCAUUCCCCUGAGGAAAAUCCCUGACCUGCAGUGUGUGCCUCCCUCCGUGCAGCUGACCUACCAGUCCAACUUGGACAACACUGUGCUCUAUGACGGGCUCACACUCACCUUGCACUGCAGCGUCACAGGUAGUCCCCAGCCAGAAAUCAGCUGGAAAAUUCAGACUUCCAACCAACAAACAGAGAAAAAUAGGCCCAAUAUGGAAAGAGAUGGGAAUGACCUCCCCAGUGGGCACUCCAAGCAGAGCCAAGAGCACUUCCUGACCUUCAAGAACGGUACCCUGACCAUCCCCAAGUUCAGCAAGCAAGACGAAGGUACUUACACCUGCCUGGCCACCAAUGAUGCUGGAACUCGUGAGGUCUCAGUUGACAUGGCUUUGGCCAGCUCAGAGAAUCCAGCAGAAGACCUGCUUAGAAAUCACCCCCAAGCCAGCCAGCACAGAGGCAAAAGCUGCUACCAAGAAGACCCAACUGAUUUCUCAAAGUCUGGAGAAAAGCUUGUGAUUAUUUAUCAUACCCCUGCAGAGUCAAGGAGCAGUAACAGCGGGACUCCGAUUCAGCCCGGUCUCUGGGCUUGCCUGUUUUGUUUCAUUUUUCUUCUUUAUUGCUAGAAGAAAUGCCAAAGAGCCUCGCUCUAGUUCUGUCGCACUUCUGUCACCGUAGUGGAUGCAUCUACUGAGCUGCUGGGUGCUGUGGGAGGCAUUGGUCAAGGACAGGUCCAACAACCAAAUUCAGGUCUGACUUCCACACCUUCCUUUGGUGACAUUCAGAGGUGGGUAUUUGGUUCAGCCUAUUGGGUUAAAAUAGCCACAUGCCAAUCCAGGUUCAGGUCCUAAGUUUACCUGCCAGUUCCAGAGCACUCAAAUCAUCUCUGGUAUUAACAUGCUGGUUAAGAAAUCAUGGCAGCAUUUGUGGAACAAGCAUAACCCAUCUUUAUACACAUUCAGUUUAGAAUUCAGCAGAUGUUCAGCACUGCAGGACAUCUCAGACAGGUCUACAGGAUGGUUCAGGUAAACCAAAAACUCUAUUUUUCCAUUAAGGAGCUGGGGUGAAAUCCUGGCUCUGUAGAAGUCAGUAGCAAAACAUCCAUUGAUUUCACAGUCAGUUUUUAACCGCAAGUCCAAGUGCCAAUUAAAGAUGGUCAGACAGCCAAUUAGCCAAUCGGGUGUUUUCUUUUAUCAUGCCAGAUGCAUAUCAAUCAGUAGGAGUAAGAGGAGUCAUCUAUGACUAGAGAGUACUAUGCAGUUUUUAGUGUUCAUAGACCUACUCAGGAGGAAGGUGCCUCCGAGACCUCCAUCAUAGGAGGCUUAUGAUCUACAAGAGAAGGGAAAGAUAGAACUGACCUUGCCCACCUUGCAAGCUUCUUCAGCAGAUCCCUUCUCCACUGUCCUGUCUCCCUUCCUCCAUUGCUGCCCUAUACGCCCAGUCUCAUAACCAAACAGUCCAGUUCUCAUUGGUAUUUAUUGCAAAAGAGUUCUGUUGCAUUUCUAAUGAGUCCACUUAGACGACAUGAGACAGAUACAUGGAUGGAGCUGUUUUGUACGUGGUACUGGGUACAAACAUGUUUGAGCUGGAGCAGAGGCCAUGAGCUUCCAGCACAGAGUUUUACACCAAAUUGAUCAUAAUUCUUGGCUGGGAGCUGGGGAUCUUUUCCAUAGUGCUGUUCCCUCAGGAGCAGGCAAAAGGGCUUUGAAGGGGCCCAAUCCUAUCAGAGUCUGGGUGCCCUCAUCUCUUCUCCCCUCGUUCACCCACCAAUCCACGCCCAAUGCUCAUCUCUGAAUGGGUGCUAAGCAUAUGGGCCCUGAAGACCCUACAGGAGGAGAGGCAGGACGAGAAAGAGAAAGAAAAGACAACAACAUACAAGAGAAAGUCUGCAAAUGAAUUGUACUGUUACUCAUUCUAACAGGAUUUAGCGCACAGUACUGGGGAGACCAGAUAUACUUUAUAGCACACUGACCCAGGAAGCUAUAGACAGUUCAAUCAUCCUGCAGUGGAAGAUCAGGUUUUCUCCAUAUCUCCCACUAUCUGAAGGAAGUUUGGAAGCUCCAGAUGUUCUACAAAGGCAAACCAGGGUAUUCUCUAUCUCCCUUACUGUACAGGUGUUUCUCAGAUGCUUAAAGCUCUCUUUCUCUGUUUUCUUGCUAGUACCCCUCACCCCCUCCAAAGAGCUAUAGCAAUAUCCUGGUAUCCACAUUACGUUGUCCUUUUCAGAAUUAUACAGCUGAAAAGGUACCAAUUUAAAUAAAUAUGAUUCUACAAAACAAA